AUGAAUCUGCUGUGGUGUUUAUAUGGCGUCAUUCUGCUGGAUGAUGUCACGAACGGCUUUCUAUUUGGAGAUGGGCAUGGUGCCUCGGGACCACAUGACGCCUUUGCCCAGACAUCCUGUGGCCCAGUCAGAGGCAAGUUUGACGGUAACGCCUACGCCUACCGAGGUAUACCGUACGCCGUGCCUCCAGUACGGACCAAACGCUGGCAGCCGCCAGAACCACUAAGGCACGAGGAUGGCACGUGCUGGCCAGGCACGUUCGACGCUUCUGUACUUAAAUCGAAGUGUGUACAGCGCCUAGAGGAUCGCGUAGUGGGUACCGAGGACUGUUUGCAUCUCAACGUCUGGACCCCAACAAACGUGACGUCUGCUGACCUUCCCGUCAUGGUUUUCAUCCACGGUGGCUCUUUAGAGAUUGGAUACAGUGACCGACCGGGUUAUGCACCGAACGAGCAACUAGCACGUGACACUAAUACCGUCUAUGUCAGUAUGAACUAUCGUUUACAAGCGUUCGGCUUCAUGGCUUUAGACAUACUGUCAAAGAACUCCAAAACCAAUACUUCCGGUAACUAUGGACACAUGGACCAGAUCUUGGCGCUGAAAUGGGUCCAGGAGAACAUCCGAAACUUUGGGGGAAAUCCAAAUAAGGUUACCGUAUUUGGUCAAAGUUCAGGUGGUACUAGUGUGAUGGUUCUUCUUACGUCUCCACUAGCCAAGGGGCUGUUCCAGAAGGCUUGGCUGCUCAGUGCAUCCCCUCUACUAACGAAAACCAUUAUCGGGGCUUCAAUAGACAAUAUCGUUUUCCUCAAUAACACUAACUGUAGUACUAUCACGUGUCUGCAACAGCUUUCCGCCCAUGACGUCACCCUGGCGGUUCCGUGGAACGUGUACCCGUUCUGGGCAAUGGAGGACCAGGUAGAGCUGCCAGUCAGGGGACAGCUUGAUGGAGGGCUGGCUAUUGUAGACGGUUACGUCCUCACGGAGACCCCGUUGGACGCCUGGGUUAAUGGACGUGCUAAUGACGUGCCAGUGAUGAUAGGUACAACUGCACAAGAAACUGACUUUGUACAUUUUUCCAGUGAGCUAGUAAAUAAGUCUGCGUAUGAGGAAAACGUUAUGCGUAACCUUGGUACAUUUGGGACAGACAUUGCUAAGAUGGCGUUAAGACUGUAUCCGGUAGAAAAGGAAUCAAUAAGAUAUCAGUACACGUCCAUGGUGACUGAUGUACGGGUAGGAUGUGGUAACGACAUCAUGGCACUAUACGCUGCCAUUAACACUAAUUCUCCUGUCUACCGAUAUGUUGUGACGUCACAGCCCUCUACACCUGUCAGUCCGUUCGGUAUAACCUCGGACACUGCCUUUUCUUUCCAUGGCUGGGACGGAUACGCAUUUUUCGGAACACUACCAGAGAUUAUAGCCCAUCCUUCUGACAAUGAUGUUAUGUUUGAGGCUAAUAUUCGAAGAGAAAUAAUGUCCUUUGUUAAAACCGGAAGUCCUUAUUCAAAGGAUUGGCAUCCUUUUCCCGACAGUGUUGCACUCUUCUCAGACGAUGUUACAGUGACUUCCGGUUACCAUUCCUAUCAGUGCGACUUCUGGAUGCAAAAUGGUUUCUUUGAUUAUUCAUGGGUGAACUAA